AUGUCUCAUAUCAUACAACUUACACUAUUAAACACUGGGCCUAGUAAGCAACUAGUCUACAGCCGUUUUCCUAGAAUUCCUGCUGAUAUCUGUUUUAUUCACUUUUGCCUCUUUCAGAGUCGCCUCUCUGUUGUCACUCUCCUGUUCUCAACCUACUCCAGGCCUGCAGAUUUUGAGCCCCGACUGAAUCGCGUGAGACGAGAACUCGCACAUGUAGAAGAAAAGUUACAUUUCUUGGAUAUAAUUUCAAUAAAUCCUGAUAUACUUUGCUCCGGACUAGAUAGUGGAAAGGCCUUCCAAGAGAUUUUGUCCAGUCUUGAUGCAGACAUCAGCUACUUGCGCCAGAUCGCAAGCCUCUUAGCUGCUCAAAAUAUAACCGACGAAAAUGAUGUUCUUUCGGAUCAACUGGACGAUCUUCUCCGUCAGAAGGUCAAAUUGUCUAAAAAGGCAAGUCGUAUUCGAUCAUACUACACGCGACCACUUGUUCUUUACGUCCCGAAAGUUGUUUCAACCGGCACUCCACUCAUAAAAUUGUGUUUAUUCCUCACGAACACUCAAAAAGGGCCUUUCGAGGCCACAUUGAACCAGAUUUACGUCUUAGACACAUCAUCUUCCCUCUGCCAGGCAGACUUCUUCUGGUUCUCCGUGUCUCUGCCUUGCGGCGGCUGGCCAAAAGCCUCGUUAAUGUGGCUUGCAUUUCGAUCAUUUUGCCUCAUUUUAGGUGAAGCAGAGUCUAGAAAACCUGUCACAAUCCAUUACGCUGUGCCAGCACCUACAGCAGGUAUUGCUGCCCAUCCGACGCACUAUGGCUACCAUCGAGGAGGUCUCCGAUUACCUGGACACCACGAAUUGCCCUGUUUCUCGCAGAAGCAUGUUACAGGUGAGCAAUGCACACUCCACCAUGCCAGCAGUUUUAUACCGCAAGAACGAACAAGCAGGUCCUUCAAGUUGUUUGACCUUGGCCAUAAAAAGGCCUACAAUGACCUCUUGUCGGUUUGUGUUGCAUCACCACGGAGUCCGGCGACGUCGUCCAGUAGCCCGACUGUCUGUGCCGAAGGUGGCGGAACACCGGCGGGUCCUGUUAAAAUCGCUUCCACUAGUUGUUUGGAGACGGCACGAGGGCUGGUCGACCAGUUGCGCCGACUUGCAGGACUGAAGCCCAAGAAUGAAUUGACCACAGCACUUAAGGAUACUGAGCAACUUUUGCAAAAGUUGGCACAUGUUGCCCAGACAAUGUGUCCGUCGAGCAGCACAUCAGUUGGCCCGGGAGGCCACUCUGGUCGGCAGAGCCAGUUGAAGCAGCAACUGUCGCCGUUGCACAAGCAGCAACCGACUGUCCUGCAAAUGGGGGAGCUGAGUGACCACCAGCUAGCAGAAUUGAAGCUGCCCUCCCCAUGUCUUUACUUCCUACGUGCGCGUUGUCUGGGUGUCCAG